UAUCAGCUCAUUACUGAGGAUGAAGAUGUUGAGAUAAUCCAUGAUGAUACUCCUAUGACGAGGGGAAGGAGAGCACGUAGGACAGCUCAAGCAUUUGGGAACACUCUCACUCUCAGAGGAAACAGGCGUCCCGUAAGACGUAGAAAUCGAGAGGGUGAGCCAUCAAGAUCAGAAGUGAUGGAGUCCUUACCAACAUUCUGGCCAAUAUGCACUAUACUGAUAACGCUAGUCCAGAUAAUACUCUUUGUUGCAGUUUGUAUCUACUUUGGGUUAGCUCCGAUUCGGUUCACUCCUAAAAGGGAGGUCGAUUGUGUCCAGGGUUUUGCCGAUACCACUUGUACUAAUGUUGCUAAAGACGUUCAGCCCAAUUUCUUUAUUGGCCCUUCCAUUGAUGCCUUGAUACAUGUUGGGGCCCAGUACACUCCUUGUAUGCGUAAUAACGUUCAGUUUAGAGUUGAAGCUGCUAAAAGGCGUAAUGAUGAGCUAAGACUCCGUUGCUGUUAUGCUGGCUCUUGUGGCUACAGUGAAUGUGGCAUGCUCCCACUCUCAAG